AUGAAGCUGGAGGUUAAUGAGAAUAGAGAGUGCAAUGACGAUAAUCGGUUGAAAAAAUAUGAAGCAGAGAUAGUGGUCAUUAAGCCGAUUGAAGAACGACAGGUUGAGUCACAGUUAAAAGAUGAGGAUAGGCACCUGGUUUACACCUCAUUAAGUGAAACAAAUGUGAAAUCGUCAACCAACAAAAAAGAGAGCCGCAAGCAGAUCAUUUCUGAUACAGUUUGUGGUCUUGCCAUCUCCAACCCGAUUUUCAUACGGUUCGGCAGUCAGCCUGAGUUCUUAAACGAUUUGGCAGCCAGCUUCAGGUUCCGCAUAACAAGCUUGGUUUUCUCGAAUAAUUCUCAAGGUCAGUCCUUGUCAACAAUCACAAAGGAGGUCAAAAAUGAAGGUGUCGUUUCUGGUGUUAAGGUUCAAGACACCGAGAAGCAAAAGGUAAACAAUGCUUCUAGUUCUCCUACUCCAGAUGGCCGGUUCAGUCUUAAAUUGAGCCUCACUAUUAACAUGGCUCAAGAACAGAAGAAUCAUAGAAUUUAUCCGUGA